AUGCUGUUCGUACUCUUUGUCCUCACCCAGCUCCUCGCAUUCGCGCACGCCGCCACUGCAAAUGCGUGUGACUGGGUCGGCGCCACCCCUGUCCUCUAUCAUCAGUAUGAUGGCAAAUCUUGCCCUCCACCACGCCAUCUCCAGGAAAAUAAUGUUGAUUGCGAAUGGAGAGUCGUCCCUGACGACCAUUACAGCUGCGACAGCUUCUGCCAGAUGAGAACCAACUUCUUCUACACCAUGGAGACCCCAAUAUUCAGCAAUCCCUAUUGUUACGGGCCUGUCAUCUGUAGCGUUGGGGCCAACGACCACAUUUUUUACAAUGGGAAACUCCAUCUCGGCGCCAGCGUUGAGUCUGGGACUCUGGAUGAUGGCGUCUCUGGGGGAUGGCUCGGCUUGCGCCAAGGCAAUACUGUAUCACAACCUCUCUUCGUGUCACUGGGACCGAACGAAUGCGGCUAUUUCGCCUUCCUCCCGAUCGUUCGAGAAGUAUGUGGAACCCGCACUUGGGGCAAGACACAUAACCACUUCCGCCAGGACUGUGGAGAUGAGUUUCACACCACGGCCAAUGCGUGCAAUUCAGAGAUACUCGGUGCAAACACUGGUCGCAGUGCAAGUGCUUGGGGCAGCGGACAAGAUCUCAAAGGCGACACAAUUUUCGUCCGGACUGACUGCGCGAAUCACGAACCUCUGCCCAUGGACCAGCAGAAUCCCGCGUAUCGUCAUCCUGGCGUCGCAAUGCCUCAUGACAUCAGAGAAGCAUACACUGCGUUCUGGAGUCAACAGAAACAUGUGUCCUGUCUCGCAAUCGAUUCUGCAAAGACUAGCUGUGUGACGGGGAAUAGCGCUCCUCGUGUUGCCGACUGCGUUGACGCCCUCCAGAACAUGAUGGGCAAGCCCGGAAAUUCAAUUACUUCUUCCAGCGCUGCAGACUUGGGCGAAGGCUAUACGACUUUGAGUAAAUCCGGUAGCUGUGCAGUCCGCUUGUACUAUGACGACCAGUUCACUCGCUCAUCGAAUUGCAACAUCAAUAACAUCGAGAUAGCCGCCGCGGCGGCCAAAGUGUUGGAUAAGUGCGCUGCGGGUGCUGGAGUGAGAGGCAAGCAACCCAUCCGACCCGAUGGAACUUGCGGUUGCCAUGUGGUAUUAGAGAUGGGUUAG